AUGGCGACUGAUAUCAGUGAUAUGCCACCAGCUGGGAAAUUAAUCCCUCGUGGUCAUGGAACAAAAGAAUGCAUGCAGACUCUUACUGAACUGCCACGUACUGCAGACUCUGUUAAAAAGUUUCGGCACCAAACAUAUCCUGAGCCAGGAGAGAAGAGACUCUGCUAUGCAUUUGUUAAAGAUCCUGACAGAUCAAGCAACACAAUGGGUGUCACCAGCAAAGCCUCACUCCAGGCUGGGGCUCUUGUCAAUCCUCCUGUCCAGAGUGCCUUUCAGAAGCGCCUUCAAGAUCUCAAGGACUCGCUUUAUUUUAGCAAGAGAAGAGCUCCUCUUGGAAGUUCUCACGAUCAGUCUCACGGCUUACCUCUGGGACUAGAUCCUCUUGAUAAAAGAUUUGGAAUAGUUAAUAAAAAGGAUAUUUCGGCUGGUGAAUUAGUCAGUCCAUCAGAAGCCCUCAGUCCUGCUGAGGAAGAACUAGCAGCAACACUGUACAAGAGAAGUCAUGGAGACUAUGAAGUUGGUGAAGUGAUUGAUAGAAAUUAUGACUGGUCCCGAUUCACUCGUGAUAGUUUAUAUGGAGUACCAACUCCUCAUGAUAACAGUGGGUCUGGUGUUAGGACUGCUUUAAAAUGGUGCAAAAAUCAAGGGAAUGUUACCAUGAAGAAGCUUGAUGACUUCAGAGAACGUAACAGACCACAAAUUGGAAAAGUUCAUGACCCGAUUGAGGAAACACUGUAUGUGCACAUAAAUAGAGACCACACAUUUGGUGUCACUGUCAUCCCAGAUGACUAUUCUGCUGGUGAUCUGGUACAGAUGAGUGGACCCUCUGCCUUCCUGGAGUGUCCAUCAUGGCAUCCUGGGCUAUUAGUGACUAUAAGACAGCACUUGAAGAAAAACACUUUCUCUAAGUUUGGUGAACUGUUGGAUGGAUUAAAUCAAAAGGGAUCUAAUGGAAAGGCAGACCCUAGUGAUGUUAAAGAAAUUCUUUAUCAGUUUCAAGUUCCACUUGACCAAGACAUGGCAGAGCUAUUGAUUGCUUGGUCUUCAGACCCUGAGGGAGGAGGUGUGGUCUGCAGUGACCUGGUGGGUCUUAUGAACUGGAUGGAGCCAGUCUCAGUUGACAUCAGCAACAGAGUCUCUGAGAGAAUGAAAGAGCCGGUAGGACUAGAACCAUCAAAAGUUGUCCUUUCUGAUGCUUAUC